CCGGGACUGAGCUCCUAGCACCCGAUCGGGAAGUGGCGGGCGGAGUCCCGGGUCGAGUCGCCGCCUCAGCCACCGCCGCCGCCGCCGCCAGUGGCGAGACCCCGAUCUGGCGGGUCAGCGCUGGGCGUGCGUGCGGGCAGGCGGGGGCGCUGACGAGAAGCAGGAAGAGGGUGCAGUGCCGGCGUGGGCGGCCGGCCGAGGCGGAGGCGCAGGAAGGGGGCGGCGAGUCGUGCGAGGCUGCCCUAAGGCUCACUCAGCAUUAUGGAUCCAAGCCUGUUGAGAGAAAGGGAGCUGUUCAGAAAACGAGCUCUUUCCACUCCUGUAGUAGAAAAACGUUCAGCAUCUUCUGAGUCGUCGUCAUCAUCGUCAAAGAAGAAGAAAACAAAGGUAGAACAUGGAGGAUCGUCAGGCUCUAAACAAAAUUCUGAUCAUAGCAAUGGAUCAUUUAACUUGAAAGCUCUGUCAGGAAGCUCUGGAUAUAAGUUUGGUGUUCUUGCUAAGAUUGUGAAUUACAUGAAGACACGGCAUCAGCGAGGAGAUACGCAUCCUCUAACCUUAGAUGAAAUUUUGGAUGAAACACAACAUUUAGAUAUUGGACUCAAGCAGAAACAAUGGCUAAUGACUGAGGCUUUAGUCAACAAUCCCAAAAUUGAAGUAAUAGAUGGGAAGUAUGCUUUCAAGCCCAAGUACAAUGUAAGAGAUAAGAAGGCCCUACUUAGGCUCUUAGAUCAGCACGACCAGCGAGGAUUAGGAGGAAUUCUUUUAGAAGACAUAGAAGAAGCACUGCCCAAUUCCCAGAAAGCUGUCAAGGCUUUGGGGGACCAGAUACUAUUUGUAAAUCGUCCCGAUAAGAAGAAAAUACUUUUCUUCAAUGAUAAGAGCUGUCAGUUUUCUGUGGAUGAAGAAUUUCAGAAACUGUGGAGGAGUGUCACUGUAGAUUCCAUGGACGAGGAGAAAAUUGAAGAAUAUCUGAAGCGACAGGGUAUUUCUUCCAUGCAGGAAUCUGGACCAAAGAAAGUGGCCCCUAUUCAGAGAAGGAAAAAGCCUGCUUCACAGAAAAAGCGACGCUUUAAGACUCAUAACGAACACUUGGCUGGAGUGCUGAAGGAUUACUCUGACAUUACUUCCGGCAAAUAGGGAACAGUUUUGCCCUGGAACAGAGUUACAGAUACACAAUCAAGAGCGUUCUUGCUGAUGCUUGGGGUCUGAAGACUGUCUUCCUAUCUGCUUCUUGCGGCUGAGGAGAGGAGCCGUUCAGUUUACAAAACAAGUGCAAAUUACCAAACUCAAGCUUAUUUGAGUAGAAUGGGCUCAUGGGCAAUGUGAUGUUCCCUGUUAACCUUCUGUUACUCCCUGGGAGAAAGGCGCUGAGCGUGGCAUGCAGGUGUCUUUGCUGUAUUUUUCUCCACUUCUAAAUGGUUCCUGGUUCCUUUCUUCCUCGUUUGUUACUUUAGAGCAAGUUUGCCCAUAGUCUUGAAUGCAAUAUUUGUUUAUUCCAAAAGAACAUAUUUAUAAUAAAAUCAUCGUAGAAGGAUUUUUAA